CGCCAGGUGCGUCCUCUUGUGCUCUCCUGUCCUCUUUGCGGCUCCUGGGGCCUUCGGGGAGAGCCCAGGCCCACGCCGGUAUCCCGGUUUCGGUCUCCGCUGGUCCCCUCCAGCCUGCGGCCCGGUCUCCGGCGGCGGCGCGCCCAGGUCUUCGUUUCGGGCCCGGCGGGACAGCGCCUGGUGUCACGGCUGCUUCGGGGAUCGCGCCGGCCCGCAUCCGCCGACGUUUCCUCCGCUGAGCAGAAGCGCCCCAGAGGCUUGCGCCAGGGUGUCCAGCCGGGGCGCGUAGCUGUCGUCUGAGGUUAGGAGACCUUCGGACCCUGGUGCACAAAGAGGCGCGGUCCCCAAGGGCGAGGGAAGGAAACAGACCUCAUCAGCAUUGCCUUGGUUGACUUUAGUUUGGGAUUUUUUGUUAUUAUCUGAGCUGUUGCCAGAUUUAAAGCAGGAUGAAGUUAAAGGAAGUAGAUCGUACUGCCAUGCAGGCAUGGAGCCCUGCGCAGAAUCAUCCCAUUUACCUAGCUACAGGAACAUCUGCUCAACAAUUGGAUGCAACAUUUAGUACCAGUGCUUCUCUUGAGAUAUUUGAAUUAGACCUUUCUGAUCCAUCCUUGGAUAUGAAAUCUUGUGCCACGUUCUCUUCUUCUCACAGGUACCACAAGUUGAUUUGGGGACCUCAUAAGAUGGAUUCCAAAGGAAAUAUCUCUGGAGUCCUGAUUGCAGGUGGUGAAAACGGAAAUAUUAUUCUUUAUGAUCCUUCUAAAAUUAUCGCUGGGGAUAAGGAAGUUGUGAUUGCCCAGAAUGACAAGCAUACUGGCCCAGUGAGAGCAUUGGAUGUGAACAUUUUCCAGACUAAUCUGGUGGCUUCUGGUGCUAACGAAUCUGAAAUCUACAUUUGGGAUCUAAAUAAUUUUGCAACUCCAAUGACACCAGGAGCCAAAACGCAGCCCCCAGAAGAUAUCAGCUGCAUUGCAUGGAACAGACAAGUUCAGCAUAUUUUGGCAUCAGCCAGUCCCAGUGGUCGGGCCACUGUGUGGGAUCUUAGGAAAAAUGAGCCUAUCAUCAAAGUUAGUGAUCAUAGUAACAGGAUGCAUUGCUCUGGGUUGGCGUGGCAUCCUGACGUUGCCACUCAGAUGGUCCUUGCCUCUGAGGAUGACAGGCUACCUGUGGUCCAGAUGUGGGAUCUUCGCUUUGCCUCCUCUCCACUCCGUGUCCUGGAAAACCAUGCCAGGGGGAUUUUGGCAAUUGCUUGGAGCAUGGCGGAUCCUGAAUUGUUGCUGAGCUGUGGGAAAGAUGCUAAGAUUCUGUGCUCCAACCCAAACACAGGAGAGGUGUUAUAUGAACUUCCCACCAACACACAAUGGUGCUUUGAUAUUCAGUGGUGUCCCAGAAAUCCUGCUGUCUUAUCAGCUGCUUCCUUUGAUGGGCGUAUCAGCGUUUAUUCUAUCAUGGGAGGGAGCGCAGAUGGUUUAAGGCAGAAACAAGUUGACAAGCUUUCAUCAUCUUUUGGGAAUCUUGACCCCUUCGGCACAGGACAGCCCCUUCCCCCAUUACAAAUUCCUCAGCAGACGACCCCACAUAGUAUCGUGCUGCCUCUGAAGAAGCCACCCAGAUGGAUCCGAAGGCCUGUUGGUGCUUCCUUCUCAUUCGGAGGCAAACUGGUCACCUUUGCGAAUGUCAGAACGCAGCCUCAGCCGGGGCCUGAGCAGCAGCCGCAGCAGCACCACGUGUUCGUCAGUCAGGUGGUGACGGAGAAGGAGUUCCUCAGCCGAUCGGACCAGCUGCAGCAGGUCGUUCAGUCACAGGGGUUCGUCAGUUACUGUCAGAAGAAGAUCGAUGCUUCUCAGACUGAGUUUGAAAAAAACGUGUGGUCCUUUUUGAAGGUAAACUUUGAGGAUGAUUCUCGUGGAAAAUACCUUGAACUUCUAGGAUAUAGAAAAGAAGACCUGGAAAAGAAGAUUGCUUUGGCCUUGAACAAAGUGGAUGGACCUGAUGUGGCUCUUAAAGACUCUGACCAAGUAGCGCAGGGUGACGGGGAGGAGAGCCCUGCUGCUGAAGAGCAGCUCUUGGGAGAGCAAAUUAAAGAGGAAAAACAAGAAUCUGAAUUUCUACUAACAGCUGGAGGAACAUUUAACAUCUCUAUCAGUGGGGAUAUUGAUGGCUUAAUUACUCAGGCUUUGCUAACGGGUAACUUUGAGAGUGCUGUUGACCUUUGUUUACAUGAUAACCGCAUGGCUGAUGCCAUUAUAUUGGCCAUAGCAGGUGGACAAGAACUCUUAGCUCGAACCCAGAAGAAAUACUUUGCAAAAUCCCAAAGCAAAAUUACCAGGCUAAUCAUGGCAGUAGUGAUGAAGAACUGGAAAGAGAUUGUUGAGUCUUGUGAUCUUAAAAAUUGGAGAGAGGCGUUAGCUGCAGUGUUGACUUAUGCUAAAGCAGAUGAAUUUUCCACCCUUUGUGAUCUUCUGGGAACCAGACUUGAAAGUGAAGGUGAUAGCCUCCUGCAGACUCAGGCCUGUCUCUGCUACAUUUGCGCAGGGAAUGUGGAGAAACUAGUUGCAUGUUGGACUAAAGCCCAAGAUGGUAGCAGUCCUUUGUCCCUCCAGGAUCUGAUUGAGAAAGUUGUCAUCCUGCGAAAAGCUGUACAGCUCACCCAAGCCAUGGACACUGACACUGUAGGAGCUCUUCUGGCUGAGAAAAUGAGUCAGUAUGCCAGCUUGCUGGCAGCCCAGGGCAGCAUUGCUGCAGCCUUGGCCUUUCUUCCUGAAAACACCAACCAGCCAAAUAUUGUGCAGCUUCGAGACAGACUUUGUAGAGCACAAGGAGAUCCAAUACCAGGACAACAGGAAUCACCCAAAAUUCCUUAUGAGAGGCAUCAAGUGCCCAAGAGCAGGCCUGGACCUGUUGCUGGCCACGCACAGAUGCCAAGAGUUCCAGCUCAACAAUAUUAUCCCCAUGGAGAAAAUCCUCCACCUCCAGGCUUCGUAAUGCAUGGAAAUGUUAGUCAGAAUGUUGCCGCCGCUCAGCUUCCCACAUCUCCAGGUCACAUGCACACCCAGGUACCACCUUAUCCACAGCCACAGCCUUAUCAACCCGCCCAGCAGUAUUCCUUCGGAACAGGGGGGUCAGCAAUGUAUCGACCUCAGCAGCCUGUUGCUCCUUCCACCUCAAACGCUUACCCUAACACCCCUUACAUUCCUUCUGCUUCUUCCUACUCUGGGCAGUCCCAGCUGUACCCAGCACAGCACCAGGCCUCUCCACCCACCUCCAGCCCUGCCGCCUCUUUCCCUCCUCCCCCUCCCUCUGGAGCUUCCUUCCAGCAUGGCGGGCCGGGAGCUCCACCAGCAUCUUCAGCUUAUGCACUGCCUCCUGGAACAACAGGUACACUGCCUGCUGCCAGUGAGCUGCCUGCAUCCCAAAGAACAGAAAAUCAGUCAAUGCAAGACCAGGCAUCUAUAUUGGAAGGUCCUCAGAAUGGUUGGAAUGAUCCACCAGCUUUGAACAGAGGACCCAAGAAGAAGAAGAUGCCUGAGAACUUUACGCCUCCUGUUCCCAUCACAUCACCAAUCAUGAACCCCUUGGGUGACCCCCAGUCACAGAUGCUGCCGCAGCAGCCUUCAGCGCCAGUACCGCUGCCCAGCCAAGCUCCGUUCCCACAGCCACACCUCGCCGGUGGCCAGCCCUUCCGUGGCAUCCAGCAGCCCCUCAGUCAACCAGGCAUGCCUCCGUCGUUUUCAAAGCCCAAUAUCGAAGGUGCCCCUGGGGCUCCCAUUGGAAAUGCCAUGCAGCAUGUGCAGUCUUUGCCAACAGAAAAAAUUACCAAGAAGCCUAUUCCAGAUGAACACCUCAUUCUAAAGACCACGUUCGAGGAUCUUAUUCAGCGCUGCCUUUCUUCAGCCACAGAUCCUCAAACCAAGAGGAAGCUAGAUGAUGCCAGCAAACGUUUGGAGUUUCUGUAUGAUAAACUUAGGGAACAGACGCUUUCACCAACAAUCAUCAAUGGUUUACACAACAUCGCGCGGAGCAUCGAGACCCGAAACUACUCAGAAGGCUUGACUAUUCACACCCACAUAGUUAGUACUAGCAACUUCAGUGAGACCUCCGCUUUUAUGCCAGUUCUCAAAGUUGUUCUCACCCAGGCCAACAAGCUGGGUGUCUAAAGGACGGCUUUACUUUCAGCCAAUAUCGCCAUUUUUCCAAAGAAACAUGUUUUAAACGAUGAUAAGAUAUGGACCAAUUCUCAUUAGCAUGUUUCCAUAGCAGCCAGUCAAAACCAUUUAUGUUGUUUCUGCAGAUGUAUUCACGUUACUAGACCUGCUCAAAACCCUGGUGCUUUCUUUUGUUUUAAUCUUUUAUUGCCCGUGAUGAUUUUCCUAUUUCCUGCAAAUAAUGUAUUUCCUGGAUUACACAUAGUAUGCGUUCCCAAAAUAUUCUGAUAAAAUCUGGUUUUUGAAACCUCAGUUUGCUCUUUGGAAAAGGAGCCUUUGGUUAUACAGAACACAGAGCCGAAACUCAGUUUGUUUCAACUGUCCUCCCAACUUCCUCCAUGUCAAUCAGAUUAAAGUGUGUAAUCCUA